AUGUUCACCGGCACCAUCGUCAGAGUAGAGCAAUGUUGGGCCGACGAAGGCGAAGACGGGCUGAUGACUUUCACAAUACUGCCAUGUGGCUUUCCCCGGACCGAAACCAUCAAAUGCCACUUCAUCUCUUCAGCUACUGCGCCCUUGUACGAGGAGUUGCCAGACAUGCUUUAUAAGAUGUAUAAAGUCGUCGGCAAGUUCUGCAGUCCCGGUCUCUACAGCAGCAUCCACGACAUCAAGAGCAUCGAACUGGCGAGGAAUCCGGAACCUGCUAGUCUGAAGACUGGCAUCUGCUGGAAGUUUGAGGGCCGCGUCACCUAUGCUUGCAUCAAGCCUUUGUUCGAGUCCGUCUUAGUCACGUAUCUUGAGGUUGAUCGUGAUGCACGAUUUCCUGUGUACGCCAAAUUGUUAGAAGGCGCGCCAAUACCAACAGUCGGGAAACUUUAUCGUGCCAAGGGUAUCACAAUCCCGGAAGACGUCAGUGAAAAUGGUCUAGGAGAGACCAAUUAUUACGCUAAAUGGCUUGAAGAGCUUCCGGAGCCUAAUCCUAGCAAAGCAAUCUAG